AUGGAUCACGCCAGGAACAACAUGCACCGCAGCGCUACCCGCGCCUUUCCCUCUCGCCAUCCCCGCCUCGCCAUCUUCGCCCUGACGGCCGCCGGCGUGGCGCUUGGCAUCAAAUACCAGUCCGACAACCUGGCGAGGAAUGAGAAGGCCCAGAGGGCGACCAGGGACCCCAACUACUACGUCUCUGUCGACAGGUCUGGCGGGGGUAUCUAG